GUCUUUUGAAACGAAAGGUGUAACGAUUUUCUUCAACAAACUUUGAUUAUUAGAUCCAAUAAACCAACGCCACGUUUAAUCUUUCAUCUCCCGCCAAAUCUCAAGCUUUCAACAAUGGCGUCGUUCCGCUUUUUCCUCUCCUUUCUGUUUAUCUUCUUCAUUCCUUUCUCCACCGCCAUUCCUCGCGAAGUUAUAUACGACGCCGCCGAUGUUCUCACCGAUGCAGGCUACGUUUCCAUGUCGCUCACACUCGAAAUCAUCGCCGAACCGCUUCUCGAACAAUCACCUUCCGCAACCGUUUUCGCUCCCUCCGAUUCCGCUUUCAAGAAAUACGGUCAACCUUCACUCGAUCUACUCCGUUUCCACUUCGUUAUGUUACCGCUUCCGUUUCAAAGUUUCCGGCGACUUCCUGCCGGCGCUAAACUUCCAACGAUGUUCACCGGUCAGUCUCUAACCGUCACUACUUCUCCUCCCGAUCACGCUAUCUCUAUUAACAAUAUCAAAGUUACACCAUCUCCGAUCUACGACGACGGAAUUUUACUGGUUUACGGAAUCGAUAGAUUCUUCGAUACUGGUUACGAGUACAGAGGUCCUAAUCAAAGACCUAAUUCCAAUCCUAUUUCAUCAUGUACAGCAAUGAAUCGCACUAUGAACUCUUCCAAUUCCUUCGAUCAAGCCGUUGAAAUGUUAAAAACUAGCGGUUACUCUGCUAUGGCUUCGUUUCUCGGAAUGCAACUCUCCGGUGACAUAAGUCGGAACGGAAUCACGGUGUUUGCUCCGACAGAUGUGAAUGUGAUAAAUCGUAUCGUUGAGUUUCAAGACUAUCCUUCUUUCUUUCGUCGCCACGUGGUGCCUUGCAAGUUUGUGUGGGACGAUCUGGUGAAUUUCGGCGAUGGAACGGUGUUGCCGACGUUUUUGGAAGGGUUCACCAUCAACAUUUCAAGAUCCGGUGGUGUUUUGAUUUUUAACACUGUGCCGGUUUUCUUUCCGAAUGCAUUCGACAAUGAUAGGGUUGUUGUUCACGGUGUUAGUGAUGUUCUUACUGUGCAAGAUGAAGCUACUACUAGUAGUGAUGUUUUCUCUGAGGAUGAUCAGAAUGUGUUUGAUCCUGGUGAAUUUUGA